CACAGCAGCCAGGGAGGCGGCAGAGAGGCAGGAGACAGGCUGACAGCAGUGCCUUACAGGGAAAGCAAGGGAUACCAGCAGCAGAGUAACACAGGGCCAGCCGCCUGCCAGAUCUGCCUCUCCGGGAGCCAUCCUCAGCCACCCGCCCACACCGCAGCCACAGCCCGCACCGUCAGCCCUGCAAUAUGGGGAAGAAAAUGAAGAAAGGAUGCGACUGCAAACGGGUAUUAAAAGAAAACUGGCUGCUGAUCGCCACCGUGGUGUCUGUGGUUCUAGGUAUCGGCCUUGGACUUCUGGUUAGGGAAUAUGCCAAGCUUUCUAACCUGGAUAAGACAUAUUUUGCCUUCCCUGGAGACAUUCUAAUGAGAAUGCUGAAACUCAUAAUUUUGCCAUUAAUUGUGUCAAGCAUGAUCACAGGUGUUGCAGCAUUAGACUCUAGUGUAUCGGGAAAAAUCGGUCUACGGGCUGUUGUGUAUUACUUCUGUACAACUGUCAUAGCUGUUAUUUUAGGUAUUGUACUGGUGGUGAGCAUCAGACCCGGUGUGUCUCAAAACGCUGACGACAUUGACAGAACAGGUUCCACCCCUGAAGUUACUACAGUAGAUGCCCUGCUCGACCUGCUAAGAAAUAUGUUUCCAGAAAACAUUGUCCAGGCUUGCUUCCAACAGUACAAAACCAAGCGUGAAGAACUGAAACCUACAGAUCCUAAUAAGAACAGCACAACAGAUAAAAAUUCUACUUUCGAUUUAAUUUUGACAGCUGAAGAAACGAAUCAAACUAAAGAGUAUAAAAUAGUCGGCCUUUACAGUGAUGGAGUCAAUGUUCUGGGCCUUAUUGUGUUUUGCCUCGUCUUUGGAAUUGUCAUUGGGAAGAUGGGAGAAAGGGGGAAAGUUCUGGUGGAUUUUUUUAAUGCCCUGAAUGAUGCGACAAUGCAAAUGAUCCAGAUCAUUAUGUGGUACAUGCCCAUUGGUAUUUUAUUUUUGAUUGCAGGAAAGAUAAUUGAAGUUAAUGACUGGGAAAUCUUCCGCAAGCUCGGCCUUUAUAUGGCAACUGUGCUCAGUGGGCUUGCAAUCCAUUCCGUUUUAAUCUUGCCGCUCAUUUACUUUAUAAUCGUGAGGAAAAACCCUUUCCGCUUUGCUAUGGGCAUGGCUCAAGCCCUUCUAACAGCUCUCAUGAUAUCCUCCAGUUCGGCAACAUUACCGGUAACAUUCCGUUGUGCUGAAGAAAAAAAUCAUGUUGAUAAGAGAAUCACAAGGUUCGUCCUACCAGUGGGAGCCACAAUCAAUAUGGAUGGGACAGCACUGUAUGAGGCUGUGGCAGCUGUUUUUAUCGCACAGCUUAACAACAUGAAUCUAGAUGUUGGACAAAUUGUCACUAUAAGUGUUACAGCAACAGCAGCCAGUAUUGGAGCGGCCGGAGUACCACAGGCAGGUUUGGUUACCAUGGUUAUCGUUCUCAGUGCUGUGGGGCUUCCAGCUGAUGACGUCACACUUAUCAUAGCUGUUGACUGGCUCCUGGACCGAUUCAGAACCAUGGUAAAUGUACUUGGAGAUGCCUUUGGUACAGGAAUAGUGGAGAAACUAUCCAAAAAAGAACUGGAGCAAAUGGACAUGUCAUCCGAUGUAAACAUUGCAAAUCCAUUUGCCAUUGAGCCCUUAGAGAACGAAGACGAUGGUGAAAUUAAAAAAUCCUACGUGAAUGGAGGUUUUGCUAUAGAUAAGUCAGAUACCAUAUCCUUCACCCAGACAUCCCAAUUCUGAAUGGAUUAGGAUGAUCGGGCAUACUGGAGACUCUAAAGAACAUAGAAUGUGAAAAAAAUUGCACCACAACACAGCUAUAUGAAGAUAUAUGGCAUCUAACGCACCAAUGCCAGAUCUUUUCUUCAAUCUUUGGAUUCAAAGCUGUUGCUCCAAUGCGAGCAAGAUGAAUUAAAUUUACCGUUGUAAAAUACGUAAGCUUUUUCCUAACGCUGUGGUAUCUUGCCACCAAUCAGAAUGUCUAUUCAGAAUUCGCAUGCUCUUUACCUGGAGUUAAUAUCAACGACCAGUUAACUGAAUCCUUUGUAUUCGUUUUUUCUCAAGCACAGAAGAGCAUUUUACAUUUUACAUGUUUCUCCCUAUUUUUCUCAAUUCUGUUAUUUAAAAAAAAAAAAAAAAUCAACAAAAAAACAAACCAGACAGCUGUUUUGUAUAUCAUGUUUUUUCAAAUAGCAGCAUUAAAGUGCUCUGUUUAUAUUGUGCCAAGCAUUUCCUAGAUUAUGUUAUUUAAUGUUUGAGAGAAUGAAAAGGCAUUCAGUACAGCAGUAUGUCUUCCAGGCUUUCUCUGUAUAGGAAUACAAGAUAACAAGCUUUCCUAUGUGCAGAGAAUGUAUAAUAAGUUGCCAUUUAAUGUGAGAACAUAUUCUCAUAGCACGUCUGCAUUGAGAUUCAAGUCAUGCACUGCAUGCCAUUCUGGUCGUUAAACGGUAAUGAUGACUUAUCACUGCUCAUACUGUGUAAGCAAGGGAUCAUCUCAAUAGUCUUGAUCACUGUAUCGUGCCAGUUACUAUAUCUCUGGGUAGUUAGUUAAACCGUUAUUAAGGAACCAGACCUAAAUCUUUAACAAGUUGCAGUGUUCCUCCGGCUUAUCGCUAUGGAUGCCAGGGUUUCCCCCUAGUUUUUGGUUCAAAAGGGAAUUGAUUGGCUGACAAUAUACAUGCAUCUACACCGCAUGUUAAGAUAUGUAAUAAAUAAAAUGGUAUAGCUUAGUUCAACAAAUAAAAUGUGAUCUACAGCUGCUCGUCAGACUGUCUUCAAAUGGUACAUAAUCACAUAACAUGCUACAUAUAAGGAAUAUAGUCAUAUAUUAUUUAAUUUUAAUUUGAUGUUGUGACUACUUGAAAUGAACAUGGCUGACAGUGCAGAAGGAAAUAGCUGGUCUAUGUCUGUCCUUCAGUGCUUGGUUUUUUUUAAUGAAUAAUGCACAUUUCAUGUAUUCCCUUCCGAUACUAUGGAGUAGAGACUAUUCCAGGCUUCUGGGUGUCAAUUAAUAAAAGAAAAUAGAAGCAAAACCACUAUUUCAUAUGCACAUACCCUGUGUAAAAAAAUGAAGAAUAAAAAGUGUGUAAAUAU